CCACCGCUGCGUCAAUUUUGGCACUCUGCCAGUUCAUGCCACAACGAUACCUGUCAGUUGCUUACCGACAAUUGAAUCAUAAACUCGCAUUUGUUGCCAGCCUUGAUUGCGUUCGCCAUGGAUUAUUAUCCUUGGCCAAAACCGGCCGACUCGCCUCACUUUGCUGCAAGUAUCUUCUGGGUUGGCAUUCUGCAAGCCUUCCCUGCAUCCUACCGAGAACAGGCAGAAGGCAUUUCGUUACUAUCGAUUGACUCACUGAUUUAACGGAGCUGGCCCAGUGAACGCCCCUUUGUGGUCAGAGCAAUACCAUGGAUUGAAGGGCAGAGGCAUUAAAGGGAGCUCGACUCCGGUGUUUAGCGGUCAGCAACCUGAAUAUGGCUAAGCCUGCUUCCUUCAGACCUCUAUGGUCCGGCAACCUUGACACCAAGGCGUGAGAUUGGACAUCCUGCAGACGACGCAUAUCGUCAUGCAUGAGCAAGCAAAACCGUAACAUCGUGCAGUGCUGGUCGGUAUUAUUUGACAAGGUCAUUGGCAAAUUCUGCACGGCCAGCGAAUAGGAAGCCAAUCGGCAUGGCGAAAGGAGGGUUUGGGCGUACAUAGUCGGGACGGGAAGAGCCUUUUCUGUGAACGGCUCAGGCCAUAACCGUGCCUGUUCUCACAAAAUCGAUUCCCCGAUAUGCGUUUUGCCAAACUUUGGGAGGCUCGGCCUACUGCGCUCGUUGAUGAUACCUGCUGUAAUCUGACGCAAGCGACGUGUUGGCCCAUCCCACACACGCACGAUGCUAAUGACCAGGUUUUUACGGCAAGGGAUGCAAUCGCAGCACAGACACAUCCACACUAUCUUUUUGCCUAUGUCUUGACUCCUCAUACAAAGAGGAACAGUGGCUGCGGAUUUUCAGCUGAUGUGUGUUUGUGGAAUGACUUGAAGCUCCGCAUGUACAAGACGCCCCCUCCGAAACAGACUUUCAUUGCCCAAAGCUAAAGAAGCCCGCCGCUCCCGUACCUUGGAUGUGGCUAGGGACAGACAGGCGGGCUACGCCCCUGAUUGGCUCACUGCAAGUCACUGGAACAAGCACCGUCUUUGAUAGCGCCCAGAUUUCUGUCCCGGUUCCCAGAGAAUCGGAGCCUUGCUCCACCGUCAGCGUUCGUGACACGCAACGAUCCGGUAUCCAGCGAUUUGGUGCGGUCGGAGCUCUGACCAAUGAUAGACUUUGACCCCAGGCUUGUCUCGUCGGAGGAUUCGACUUUGUCGGUCAAUUCAUUGGUCACUUGAACCAGUGUCACGAUGUUGUCUAUUAGAUUUGUGGCUCUGCUUCCAAUUCGAUGUGGUCAGCUCCGCGAUCGGGCCUUCGGUUCUGCCAUCAUACACACAGCUUUUGCCUCGAACAAGAUGAUUAGAUGACCACAUGUCGCUGUGUUUGUGUAUGAGUUGGUGGCUAGACUACUGACUUGCGGCUUGUGUCAGCCACUGGAUCUCAUAUUGAUCGGCAAUCAUCUCGCUUCAACGCCAACACCAUCCAGCAUGCGAAAAUGCCUCUAGCCUGAGUAACUUGAAUGUUUGGCGGAAGACUAUCGGAUACCGCAAAAGAAAAGGAGGAAAAAACUUCUCCGCACCACCUCGAUGGUACGAGGGCCAAGUCCAAACGGACUUGAAGCCAACACACCAAUCAGCAUCCUCUACACAACCUUCGGUAUUUUCUGGCAAAGUAUCUUGUGUCGUGUGGAGGGCUGCAUUAUCAUACAAACGAAAACAGACUUGGACCACAAGGGGUGAACCUCAAAGGCAAUGAAUGUUGAGAGGGGUCAUCGGACAUGCAAACCAAUGCUUUUUCCCAUGAGCAGUCAAGACAUUGUGCCAUGACCCGAUCUAAAGCGCAGGGCACCCGUUCUAUUGGAUUUGUUGAAAGCCGUACUGUGUGCUUCCUCGUGUCUGACUGGCUGCUUAUCCCAAGCCAUACUCUGGCGCCGAUGAGUGAGCGUGGAGCUGAGUGUCGACCUGCAUGAGUCGUGUGGAUGCUCGUCACCUGGUCCCUGUCAGGGAGGGGCACCAACCCAAGAAAAGCCCAAAAAACGUCGAAGGCACAUGGACGAUGAAGCAGGGAUGGAACAGAUGGACCACGCUGGCUGAUGCCUCGUGCAUGUCCAGGGUUUUACAGCGCGUUUGGUUGUCAAGCCCGGCGCUAUCUUGAGAGUUGCGGGUUGAACCGCAGUGCAUUUACGGAUAGAUGGCACCCAAAUGACGAGCUCUUAGUGGGGUUGGCGGUAACCGACGUUUACUGUCUCGUGGCUCCGGAUCAAGCAUUCAUCAAUCAUCGUCAUAACGGCAUGCUCUACACCUCUACACCACACAAGACAUGCGUUGAUAAGCAAAGUCGUUGCCUUUAGCCCCCAUUAAUACAGUUCCAAACAAUACUGCUGCCCCGACCAUGAUGUCUACGUACACUUCGAACAGCGUCAAACGAUGCAGGGUAGCCUUUUCAUUUGUACACCGCGAUUUGAACUGAGUUGUACUUUAUUCAGACAACACCACUACGAUCAGUUUUUCUCGUCUGCCAGUCUACCUUACUUAUUCACUGCCCAGCUGGCAAGAUGCAGAGUAGACAAAUUCGAUUGUAAACAUCAGUAAACCGGAUCAUCUCGGCUGAUUACUUCCACGGCGUGCAUCAGAUCACAUACAGGAAGUUAUCAAGCCUGCCUUGCGUAGAAUUAACCAGUCAUGGAACUGCUCACACAAACCUCUUGUUUUUUGUUACUCCUCGAAUCACCGACUUGAAACUACUCAACAAACGACACAGAUGCUCACCGCAUAAUUGAAUCAAUUAUUACUGGCAAGCUAUAUCUCGUAAGGAUACUUAUGCGUGCUUCACGCAUGUCGCAUUGCAUAGGCUAAUGUUUGACUGUCGAGAGCUCCUGUGGUGACCUACAACCCACUGUACAUAGCGGUGAGCAAACGCAAGUCAGCUCUUUGCUUGUUCCGCCGUAUGCCAGAUCCUCUUGACUGACCCCGCGUUCGAGCAAGCGAAGAAGGGUGGCAUGAGUGAUAUGAAUCUCUUCGACUACCUUGCCUCUCUGCACCGUGGCGUCGUUCCUUUCUUCGGGGACUACUGUACGAGAGCGGCACGCCACUUGGCCGUGGGGUCCUGUUGAGAUGGCUGGAUCUUGAUGGUAGUACC